AUGAAAAGCAUCUUCCUGGCCCUGGCCUUUGCCAAUCAGGCAACCGCAGCUAUAUUCCCGUACAUCAACAUCACCCUUACUCCAAAUUUGACUCCUGGUAAUGGAACGAAGAGUCUGAGUGGUCAACUCACCACGGACAUCUCUUUCAAGAACAACGAGACAGUGGUUGUCCUUGCGCUCACUAUUGCUGGCCAACCGUCUGCGCAGUACGAUUCGGAGUCUUUGACCGCAACCGAUGGUGCUGGAAACCUUCCUCUCGUCACCACCGAUGCCACCGGGUCUUCUGGCCUGGCAAGCCGGUUUUGGAUCGCUACCCGAGACGUUGUCCCCCCUGUCGCAAUCUCCUUCACCGCACAUCCCCGUGAAGUCAACGAGACGACGAAAAUGGGUCCUCUUUUCGAUAUCAGAGAGAAUGCUGGUGGCAUUCUCGGAUCAAUAUGGGCUUUGGUCCCUGCCCCCGAUGACGCUUCCACUAAAUUUCAAAUUGCCCUGUCCUGGGACCUGUCAGCCUCCCCCUCAGGGACUAGAGGGGUCUGGACUUGGGGCGAGGGGCCUCAGCCCGUCACUAUCAAUGGAACCACAGACGAUCUUUUGAGUACGUUUUUCGCUGUCGGGCCCGUCCUCUCAAGCUCCUCUGCAUCAGAAGAUAGCCAGUUCAACAUGUACUGGCUUGAGCAGCCACCUUUCGACGUAACCUACCUCGCAUCAUUCAUCAAAGACUUCUACGAUUACUCGGCAACGUUCUGGCAAGAUGAUGGCACCAAGCCUUACAAAGUCUUUAUCCGAUACAAUGAGAACGUUGGAACAGGAGGCACAGCCCUUUACAACUCCUUCACGUUCGGGUGGCACGAUCGCAACAAAACCACCACCAAUGACACUGAGCUACUGCUCGCUCAUGAGAUCACCCACAACUGGCCUUACAUCUACAACGGCAAUCUUUCCGACCAGACCCGAUAUGCGGAGGGCACUGCCGAAUUUUACUCACUUCGCAACCUGUGGCGCGCGGGGCUGCUCAGCACGUUGGAGUACGUGACGGCAAUGAACACCAAGUCGAUUGCCUACUACCAAAACCCGUCAAUCAACUUGACCGACCAAGAGGCGGUGGAUCAGUCUUGGACUGUAUCAACGGCACAAACCGUUCCCUAUGGCCGCGGUCUCAUCUACUUGGCCAAUGUUGACGCUGAGGUGCGCGCUCGCUGGAACAAUACUCGGAGUUUGGACGACGUAGUUGUUGAGUUGAUGAACCUCUGUCGAGGUGAUGACUCCUCCUGUACAACAGACGCCUACUUUGAUCUUCUCACCAAGUAUGCUGGUUCAUCAGCCGUUGAUGAGUACAAAAUUCUGGCGUCAGGCGACCCGAAUGGACAUGGCAGUUAA